AUGGUACACAUUGGGAUCCCCAAGCAUUAUACAACUUCGCCAUCGAGUUUUAGUCACACUCCCUCGUUGACUAUCAAUCAUGAAGUUGCGCUAGAUCUGGAUUCUAGCAAUGCUUUUGAAGGUCCCGAGAAACUUUUGGAGGUAUGGUUCAGUCCGUCGUCAGAUGCUCUCCAGGGCUGUUCAGAGCCCACCGGACUCAAGGCCGUGCCGUCCGAGGUGUGGAAGUCCAUGCUAGACCUGGUCAAUUGCAAAGUCUUGUCCAUCAUCGAGUCCGAAGACGUUGAUGCUUAUCUGCUCUCUGAGUCGAGCAUGUUUGUCUUCCCCCACAAACUUAUCUUGAAGACAUGCGGGACCACGACCUUGCUUUGCGGGCUGCCACGUAUCCUCGAGAUCGCAGUUCUCUUUGGGGGCUUCCCACGUGCGACUGCUCCACCGUCUAAUGGUAUUGCCGUUGCGGCCGCUCCAUACCGCGUUUUCUACAGUCGCAAGAACUACUUGUUCCCUGACCGUCAGCGGGGUCCACAUCGCAGCUGGCGCGAUGAAGUGUACACUCUUGACAAACUCUUUGUUGGAGGGAGUGCGUACAUGAUUGGCAAGAUGAACGGCGAACAUUGGUACUUGUACUUGACCGAACCAUACACCAUGUUGACGCCACCAGCCAGCCCACAGAGCAUGGAUAGUCCAGGGACUGAGACCAAGAUGCUUGAACUACCGACGUCGCUGGUGGUCGACCGUGGUUCGAAGGUGUGCGAAGGUGAAGACGAAACUCUCGAGAUCCUCAUGACUGAUUUGGACGAGGAGAAUGCUAGACAAUUCUACCUCGACCAUGCGAGUGCGGUCGCAGAAGAUCAGUGGAGAGGAUCUCAAAAAGGGCGAGACGAUCACAUCGAUGUAUUCAGCAACGCAUCUUCUGAUGACAGCGACAUUUCUAUCAAGGAAGAGGCCUUUCCAUCGGAACUCACCACUGAAGGCCAUGCUCUUGGCACCGUCGUGUCUGACGCGUGCGGUCUUUCCAAUGUUUAUCCGGCCGACAAGUAUCCAGAGGCUCGAGUUGAUGCAUAUCUCUUUACCCCAUGCGGGUUCUCGGCCAACGGAGUCAUCCCAGCCCCUAAUGGACAGAAAGGGACUCACUAUUUCACUGUCCAUGUGACUCCAGAACCGAUCUGCUCUUAUGCAUCUUUCGAGACCAAUGUCCCUUGCGGCCAGAAGGGUCGUGAGACGGCUGACAUCAUUCAGCACGUGGUAGACAUUUUCAAGCCUGGCCGAUUCUCUGUCACCAUUUUUGAAGCGACCUCCUCUUUCGAGGAAAAGGCGUACGCUGAUCAUGAUGAGCUGGCUGGAAUCAGGAUGUUGGAGCGACAGGCUGCUCGUCGCAACACCAAGAUGGAUGCCAUCAAAGGGUAUCGCCGCGUCGAUCGUAUUGUCCAUGACCUCGAUGGCUACGACUUGGUCUUCCGCCACUAUGAGCGCCACGACUGGAAGGGUGGAGCUCCGCGAAUUGGGGAGUAG